AAUUAUCAUUAUCGUUGAAAAACUUAAUAAAAAGUAAGAUGUCAAUGCAUGGCAGAUUGAAGCUACUUGCUAGACUCAAAGAAUUAUUAUAUAAAUCUCUUUAUUACAAGAAUUUUCAAUUUAUGAUUACUAGAGAAUGGUUGGAGUUUUUUCAAAAAUUAACAUAUUCACAAAUUGAAAUAAUCAGAAAAUAUUCUUUGAGUAAUGAUGUAUCAAAAAUACAAGAACAAGAUAUUAAAAAAUCUAAUAAAAAAAGAAACAAAAUAGUACAUGAAAUAAUUUCCACUAUUUUAUCAAAUGAAAAAAAAAUAAAUCUACCAGAACAAGAAAAAUCAGUACCUAUUAAUCUUUCAAGUAUUGUAACAAAAGAAUCAUCUUAUAUACAACAAGUUUUAACAACAUUUAUGCCAAAAUUAAAUGUUAAAUCAAAAGAAGUACCGAUAAUACCAAAAUGGAAGAGUAAUUUACAAAUUAGUCUUACUAAAAAUAGUAUUGUUUUAAGAACAAAGCAAAUCUUAAAUAGUAUUAUUGGAGCAGAAUCCAAUGUGAUAAAAUGGAGAAAAAUAGAAGAUUUAAUUCAUCACAUAGAUCAAUUUCCUGAAGCAAAAAAUUUUGCUGUCAAAGAUGGUGCAAUUAGAACACUACUUUUAAUUCGUCAAUCAAAUAUAAAUGAACAAAUCCAAGGAACAAUACGAGAGGCACUUGCAAUAUUAGGUUAUAUUGACCCCUUGCCUGCUCGUGGAAUAAGAAUUCUUACAAUUGAUGGUGGGGGUAUUCGGGGUGUAUUAGUAAUAGAAAUGUUAAAAAAAUUAGAGCAGUUAACAGGACAGAAAAUAUAUGAAAUGUUUGAUUAUAUUUGUGGAGUUAGCACUGGAGCUAUAUUAUCAACAGCAUUAGGAGGUCAUAAAAGAAAAUCUUUAGAAGAAAUUUCUGAAUUAUAUAAAGAAUUAAGUAUAAAAAUAUUUACACAAAGUCCAUUGUGGGGCACUAGCAAAAUGGUAUGGAGUCAUGCUUAUUAUGACACUGCACUAUGGGAAAAAAUAUUGCAAGAGCAUCUAGGCAAUAGAGAUUUAAUUAAAACUACACAUGAUAUUAAUUCACCAAAAUUUUCAACCAUUUCAACUAUAGUAAACCAUGAACACAUAAUGGCUUAUAUUUUUAGAAAUUAUACCAUCCCAAAUGGUUUUGAAAGUCAAUACAUGGGUUCUUACAAACAUAAAUUAUGGGAAGCUGUCAGAGCAUCAGCUGCUGCCCCUAGCUAUUUUGAAGAAUUUAAAUGUGGGGAAUACCUUCAUCAAGAUGGUGGGAUAAUGGUCAACAAUCCUUGUGCUGUUGCAAUACAUGAGGCAAAAAAAUUAUGGCCAAAUAACUCAAUUCAGUGUGUUAUUUCAUUUGGUACUGGAAGAACUCCAUUCUCUAUUCAUGAUAAUAGUGAAAAUAAAAUAGAAACAGCAUCCAGUUGGAAAGAUAAAUUUUACAAAAUUCUUGACAGUGCAACAGAUACAGAAGCUGUACACAUCAUGUUAAAUGAUCUUCUACCAGAUCAUGCUUACUACAGAUUUAAUCCCUAUUUGACUGAAAUGCUUACGAUGGUGGAAAUAAGACCAGAGAAAAUUGCACAAUUGGAACAAGAUGCAGCAAUGUAUAUUCGUCGUAAUGAAGAAAAAUUUCAGCAAGCAGCCAAAGUAUUAAUGCAGAAAAAAACAUUAAUACAGAAACUUAUAGAUUGGAUUAAGAUACAAAAGAUUAUAAUAGGUAUUUAAAAUACAUACAAUUUAUA